AUGGCUGGCGAGGAUGCAUACGAAUACACGGCUAUCACAGCCCCCAAAACCAUCCGGCUCAUUCAUAUUUCCCCUGAAACCGAAACUGAUCCUGUCCACUUCUCUCUGGAGACUUCCCCGCUGGAAUCCGCUCCCGAUUUCGAAGCAAUCUCAUACUGCUGGGGCAAUGAUCAGGGCCAACAUCAAGUCGUAUGCAACGGGAAACCUCUUUUCAUGCAUAAGAGCCUCUUUGAAGCUCUCUCGUACUUCCGUUUCCCGGACAAGCCCCGCGUCCUCUGGGCAGACGCGGUAUGCAUCAAUCAAGCGGAUCCAAUUGAGAAGAGUAGCCAGGUUCUCCUGAUGCCACACAUUUACUCCCAGGCCUCACGUGUGUUGGUUUGGCUCGGUGCUGCCGUUGAUCCUGUCUUCGGGUCCGUCCCAUCUCAUACGAACCUGACAAUACUGCAAGGGCUUCAGAUGCUUCCCGGCUUUGACCCUGAGAAUGCAGCCGACAUGGCAGCCAAGACACAAAUUAUGUCCUACGAUGCGCUGCGGCUACGCGCAGAGGGGAAGCCCAAUAUCCUGGAUCACGACUGGGCACCUCUGGUAGCGCUGUUGCGACGGCCGUGGUUCCGCCGCAAAUGGGUGGUCCAGGAGGUCGCGCUUGCAAAAGAAGCCCUGCUCUAUGUUGGCGGCGGGGUUGAGAUUCAAUGGCUCGAUAUAGCAAGGCUCGCAUUCGGUAUGGAGACGCUAGGACUUGAUAAGCCGUGGCGGUUGAAGCUUGAAGAGCCAAAACUGGAUAGCGACAUUGAGAAAACUGAUACAGGGAAAGGCGGCUCUAUUGAAUUUCGUCCGGUCUUCAUCACAUUUCACCUGAUCAGCGCGAUGUACAUGGUUCAAAUAUACAGACACGACGCCACACUAGUAGACGGGGUCAUGAGCACAAAGUUCUUUGACUGCACAGAUCCAAGAGACCACGUCUUCUCGCUUCUGGGUCUGGGUGGUGUCGGUCCUACGCUUCGGCCUGACUAUGAAGCUUCAGUUAGCGAUGUCUUCAGACGGUUCUCGAUAUCGAUGAUGAUUGAGGGGAAGAGCCUAAAGUUGCUUAGCCUAGCUCCUGACAGGUCGCUCUUUCAUACCCCAGAAGUGCAACGGCUCGAAGACCUGCCCACUUGGGUUCCAGAUUUGCGUCUUAUGAGGGCGGAUGUGAUGGCUAGCUUCACAGUCAGACCACAAGCCUUCUUCGCGGGUGGGCAAGGCAAGCCAGUACUAAGCGUAUCUGACGAUGAACGCUUCCUCCAUUGUCAGGGUUUGUUGCUUGACAGCCCCCAAAGACUCGCUACAUCGCUGGUUGAGAUGCUCCUGGAAGAUAUCCCCGAAAUUCGCAACUCAUUCGAAACUACGGGCGACCCAUCGCCAGAGCGGAGGGAGAGACGCUUCAUCCGGUGGCUUGAGAGCGCCUAUCAGACUGCAUUUGGCCACGAUCGCGCCUGCGAUCCAGAUCUCGUACCAGAACUAGAGGUCGCGAAUUCCUUCUCGCGGGCUAUGUCGUGCGGAACAGACUUCCUUCGCAACCGUCUAUCGCCAGAGCAAGUGACCACAAUAUGGAACUUCAUCCAGUGGAAACUAGGCCCUGAUGCCAACAAGGAUGAAGCCACGGAGCGGGAUUCAACCAUAGAACUGAAUUAUUCAAGUACCACUCGGGACUCCCUCCUUCUGCUGUCGAUGGGCACCAAAUUCUGCGUCACUGAGUCAGGCAGAUUUGGCCAGGUACCUCUCAACUCGAAACUGGGGGACCGAAUAUGUGUUUUGGUUGGCGGUGAAGUGCCCUUUGCGGUUCGGCCAACAGGCAACGGAACCUACACCCUCAUCGGAGAGUGCUAUAUCGAUGGUAUAAUGGAUGGGGAGGCUUUGCAGGAAGCAGCUUCGAGAGGGAUGCCGCUUGAGACCAUUAUCUUGGAGUAA